AUGCUUGGGCACUACCUGCUGGCCGCAUUGGCCAGCCUGUUGGUCGCGUCACAAGAAACCUCAGCCGCCUGCAGCAACUGGUCCGCACGCUACCAGACCAAUCUAGCUGGAGUUUGCGUCUGCAAUGCCACCCAGUGCGACACCGUCUCCAACACUUACACCAGCCUCGAAACCGACCAAGUCGGUGUCUACGCCACCUCCAAGGCCGGUGGCCGCUUCGCCUAUAAGGUGGUCAACGUUGACUCGACGGCGGUGAGCAGCCCCACGUACUCCAUCGAUGUGUCGACCCAGUACCAAACCAUGAUCGGCUUCGGCGGCGCCAUCACGGACGCGGCGGCCAUCAACGUCUAUAAGUUGUCGUCGGCGCUGCAGCAAAUGGUGCUGGACCAGUACUUCUCGGAGACGGGUCUGCAGUACACCCUGGGUCGCGUGCCAAUCGGGUCCACGGACUUCUCCACGAGCAUCUACUCGUACAACGAUGUGGUGGACGACUUCGAGAUGGAGCACUUCUCGAUCGCGGUGGACAAGUCGUCGUCUUCGCACAAGAUCGACCUCAUCCAGCGUGCUCUGAACACUUCGUCGCGUGAUGUCAAACUAUUCGCUUCGUCGUGGGCUCCUCCGGCGUGGAUGACGACGAAGAACACGACCAUUAACUGCUCGCUGAAGGGCAGCCCGGGUGAGGAGUAUUGGGAGGCGCUGGCUUUGUAUUACUCCAAGUUCUUCGACGCGUACUCUGAGGAAGGAACGCGACUUCGUGAAGCUGGACUUGGGUCCGAUGAUGGCGAAGAACCACCCCAGCCUGAAGAUUAUCGCCGGAGCCGCCAGAAGUCCGGCAUCUUAGACCGUCUUGCACCAUUUGAAGACGCAGAUGCGCUGAAGUACAUCAGCGGUCUUGGUGUGCACUGGUACCGCGACUUGGACUUCUUCCUAGCCAGCGCGGGCGGCGACUUCGACAAGCUGCUAUCCUUUUACCAGAAGUACCCGGACGUCUUCAUCCUCGCAACGGAGGCUUGCGAGGGGUUCUUGCCGAGCUGGCUCGGCACGGGCUCUGGAGUUUCUCUUACGGACUCCGACAAGAGCUGGUCCCGUGCAGAGAACUACGGCCACGAUAUCAUCGAAGACCUGAACAAUUACGUCGCCGGCUGGACCGACUGGAACCUCGCGCUUGACACGACGGGCGGACCGAAUUGGGCGGAGAACUACGUCGACGCCCCCAUUCUGGUGGACGAGACGAACGGGGCCGAGUUCUACAAACAGCCGAUGUUCUACAUCAUGGGUCACUUCUCCAAGUUCAUUCCUGCUGGCUCCAAGCGCAUUGAGUUCCCCAAGACGAAGACGCUGAAUAGCUUCCACCGCUGCGCGUUCGUGACGCCGGACAACCGCGUGGUGAUCCAGUUCAUGAACCGAGAUAGCUCGGCUGUGACGGUGAGUGUGAAACAGACGGACUCGAAGACGUUCACACUGUCGCUGCCGGCACACUCGAUGCAGACGGUGAUCUUGCCCGCGUCUGAUGAUACCAAGAUCUUGUAG